AUGGCGGUCGAAUGCAAGCAGCUCCUUCAGAGGGCGCCGCAGCCCAUUCCCAAAGCACCCUGCCUGAAGGCCCCUGCGCCGGGCAAGGGAACGAGAGUCUCGUGUCCCCAGAACAUUGCGCACAGAGGGUAUAAAGCGUCCUUCCCGGAGAACACCAUGGGCGCUUUCCGCGGUGCUGUAGACGUGGGCGCCCAUGCGAUUGAGACGGAUCUCCAUCUGAGCAAAGAUGGCGUGGUGGUGCUUUCACAUGAUGCGACGCUGAAGCGAUGCUUUGGGAUAGACAUGAGGAUCAGCGAGUGCAACUGGGACUUCCUCGCCACGUUGCGCACCCUCCGGGACAAGAACGAGGGCAUGCCACGGUUGCGCGACCUGCUCGACCUGAUGAAUCGCCCGGGUAUGGAGCGCCUCUGGAUCCUCCUGGAUGUCAAGGAACCCUGGCACCAUCGCGUCGUCCUGGGCUUGUGGAAUACCGUCUUUCUCAAAGCGGCCCGGCGACAUCUGCCCGAGUACCCCAUGGUGCACAUCUCCUUCUACCUGCCUUACUCACGCCAUUUUCUGUCGAUACCCAAUCUUGGGUUCAACAUCUUCCAAAAGGUGCUUGUGGGCAAGGGAGGCAGACGAUUCAUGCAGGAAGCGCAGGAGAGAGAUCGACCCGUCCUGGCCUGGACGGUGAACGAGGAGCGCUGGAUGGAGUGGUGCAUCGCGCAGAACGAGACCUCGUCGUUGCUAGCACCGGAGCAGACGUCGACGGUGCAUGGGAGGAUGAUUGAUGGUGUUAUCACGGACGAUCCCUUGCUCUUCAGCCAGGUAUGCGAUCGCUACGAGCAGGCGGGGGCGACGAAGCUGCAAGGAUGGGCUCGCACCAGGAGCCAUAUUGAAAUGGCACGGCAGGUCAUGGUCGUCAAGUUGUUGGCAAUGGGUGUCUUCCUCGUCAGAGUCUGGCAGGGGAAGCUUGACUGGUUUGGCGAUCUGGAGGAUCAUCAGGAGUAA